AAGAGACCAUUGCAGUAUAUAAAAGGACGAUCCACUGCUCGUCUACUCUCCAUUCCUUUCCAUAUCACACACCCCUUCUCAACUUGACAACGUCCCAGCAAGAAGCUCUCUCUCAACCCAGCAUGGCCUACCCAAGUGACCCAUUCAAACCAUACGAUGCCAAUCAUCAAACCCUUAAAGGACCCGGAGAUGCACGACCAACGACGCUACAAGUGCUCAAAGACAACAAUGCUUUUGGCAAGUUGAAGGGCAAGACCAUCCUCAUUACUGGCUGUUCAGCAGGUCUGGGCGUCGAGACUGCCCGAGGGCUGUACGAGACUGGCGCUACUCUCUUCCUCACGGCGCGCGACAUGAAGAAACUGGACGGCGUGAUCGACGACAUUGUGCAGAAUGCGCAGCACAACAAAGACGGACCCAGACCGCAAGCCGUCGAGAUGCACCUCGACAGUCUCGAGUCGGUGCGCAAGGGUGUCGAGGCCUUCAAGCAGCAGUCCGGCAAUAAGCUCAACAUUCUGAUUGAGAAUGCGGGCGUUAUGGCUUGUCCUUUCACCCCUACCAAGGAUGGCUACGAACAGCAGCUUGGCGUCAAUCAUUUCGCCCACUUUCUGUUGUUCCAGCUGCUGCGUCCGACGUUGAUCACGUCGGCGAAAGAGUCCGGCUCUGCGAGUCGUGUGAUCGUCCUCAGCAGUGCGGCGCAUCGCCGGGGCGGCCUGCUAUUCAGCGACGAGGAAGGACUAAACGCAUGGAACAAGGGCGACAACUACGAUAAGUGGAAAGCGUACGCGCAAGCAAAGACAGCGAACGUGUACAUGGCCAACGAACUCGAUCGACGCUACGGCUCGCAGAACGUGGUGGGCGUGUCCGUCCACCCGGGAGGCAUCUUGACUGAUUUGCCGCGCCAUCUCUCCCAGGAGGAUCUGGCCGCGCUGGGCGUCGGGGACAGCAUGGCGCACAUCUUCAAGAAUCCCAGCCAAGGCGCCGCCACGACUGUCUGGGCGGCGGUGAGUCCGCAUUUCGAGGGCAAGAAUGGUGGACGGUAUCUGGAAGAUGUCGGUGAGUCGAGUCCGGCGCAGGAAGGGACGGUGAUGGGAGAUCCGGGGUAUGAACCUCAUGCGUAUGACAAGAAGAGCGAGGAGAUGUUGUGGAAGAUCAGCUGCAAGGUGGUGGGCGUGCAGGAUGACUGAGGCUGAGGCUGACCGCAUGGUGCCGCUCCAACGGUUUUGCAUGAUUCUUCGUUCCACGUGACUGUUUGUACUUAGCAGCCGGCGUUGAGCUGGCUAACAAAACCCUCUCUGCUUCACUUCAUCGGUUACUCUUCAUGGCCGAUCAGUAUGAGAGUGCAUCGAUUAUAUACAGAUCUAGUAUCUGUCCACGUGAAUGUGGACGCCAAGUCGACGCGCGAUGAUGUCAGGGUGGUGGACUUGGUCGACAGCCACAUGCACACAAACACACCACACGCGAGCAUUCU